AUGGGAAGUAAAUGGAGAAAAGCAAAGCUGGCUUUGGGUUUUAAUCUUUGUGUUUAUGUACCUAGGACUUUAGAUGACUCAGCAGCACCUUCAACUGAAAGAUUAUCUGAUGCUGCUUUGCUUUCACCUACAAAUUGGGAUUCUAGGCCAAUGACACCGACGCCAUCUUCACAUGGGUUAAGGUUGGCCAAGAGUGGAAGCAAAUCAUCCAAGCAAACUUGCUCAAUAUGCCUGACCAAGAUGAAACAAGGUGGUGGACAUGCUAUUUUUACUGCAGAGUGCUCACAUUCCUUCCAUUUCCACUGUAUUUCUUCAAAUGUGAAACACGGCAACCAACUUUGUCCAGUUUGCAGAGCGAAAUGGAAAGAAAUUCCCUUUCAGGCGCCCACUUUGGAUCCACUGCCUGGGAGAGCAUCAGUAGGUUGGCCCCAAACUGAUGCUUUGAUGACAAUGGUUCAUCGAUUACCUCCUCCACCACGUCGAGAUCUGAAUCGGCGACAUGUUGUGCCAUUGCUGCAGGCUCCUGAACCUAGUGUGUUUGAUGAUGAUGAAUCCUUGGAUCUCCAACCUGCAUUUGUCGAGAGAAGCUCUGGCAAUAAAAAUGCUGCAGACCACAAUUCUGCUAAAACAGUGGAGAUCAAAACAUACCCAGAAGUGUCAGCUGCAUCACGGUCUAAUUCUUAUGAUAACUUCGCUGUCUUGGUCCAUCUCAAAGCUGCUGCAACAGUUGCAAGACAAAACCACAGAGGAAACAAGGCUAGCUUGCCUCAACUAUCUCAAACUCCUCGAGCGCCAGUUGAUCUAGUCACAGUGCUUGACAUCAGUGGUAGCAUGGCGGGUACAAAGCUGGCAUUGCUAAAACGAGCAAUGGGGUUUGUUAUACAGAACCUUGGCUCCAACGACAGGCUCUCGGUUAUCGCCUUCUCUUCCACUGCCCGUCGCCUCUUUCCCCUUCGUAGAAUGUCUGACACAGGCCGGCAGCAUGCACUUCAAGCUGUCAACUCUUUGGUUGCAAAUGGUGGGACCAACAUUGCUGAAGGUCUGAGAAAGGGAGCCAAGGUAAUGGAAGACCGAAGGGAAAAGAAUCCUGUGGCAAGUAUUAUACUGCUAUCUGAUGGGCAGGAUACUUAUACUGUCAGUGGUAAUAGUGGUAACCAACAUCAACCAAAUUACCAGUUGCUACUCCCUUUAUCUAUUCAUGGUGGUGACAAUGCGGGAUUCCAGAUUCCAGUACAUGCUUUUGGCUUUGGGGCAGAUCAUGAUGCUUCUUCCAUGCAUUCCAUUUCUGAAAUUUCUGGAGGCACCUUCUCUUUCAUUGAGACUGAAGCUGUGAUCCAGGAUGCUUUUGCCCAGUGCAUUGGGGGGCUUCUGAGUGUUGUUGUGCAGGAGUUGCAAGUGGGAGUUGAGUGUGUGCAUCCUAGUAUCUGCCUUGGCUCAUUGAAGGCUGGGAGUUACCCUAAUCGUGUGAUGGCUGAUGCCCGCUCUGGGUUUAUCGAUGUUGGAGAUUUAUAUGCUGAUGAAGAGAGAGAUUUUCUGGUUUCAGUCAAUGUUCCAGCAGAGUAUUCCAUGAAUCAAACAUCACUGCUAAAGGUGAGAUGUGCAUACAGGGAUCCUAUAACUAAAGAAAUGGCAACAUUAGAAAGUGAAGAAAUUACACUUGAAAGACCUGAAAUAUCUGGAGAAGCAGUAGUGUCAAUUGAAGUGGAUAGGCAACGCAACAGGCUCCAAGCAGCUGAAUCAAUGUCACAGGCAAGAACUGCUGCUGAACGGGGAGAUCUAGCUGGUGCAGCUUCUAUCCUAGAAAACUGCCGAAGGGUAUUGUCAGAAACUGUAUCAGCUAAGUCCAAUGAUCGAUUAUGUAUUGCAUUAGAUGCUGAGCUCAAGGAGAUGCAAGAAAGGAUGGCAAGCAGACAUGUGUAUGAGGCAUCUGGGAGAGCGUAUAUUCUAUCAGGCCUAAGCUCGCACUCAUGGCAAAGAGCAACUGCAAGAGGAGAUUCUACUGAAGGUUCAAGUCUUCUCCAAUCUUAUCAAACCCCAUCAAUGACUGAGAUGCUUACUCGAUCUCAGGCUACGUUCCUGGGCAGUCCAUCAGCUCAGAGGCUUGUUCAACCAUUGUGGUCAAUUGGAUCUCAACCAAAGCCAAGGUGA